GAGCGGGGAUGCUGGUGCAGGGGUAUAGACCCCAUCCCUGAGUGGCAAUUGCCUGUCGUGAAGAGCCCGCGGAGGGAUGCAAACACCCGCGCUGGAGCGGCAGCAGCCCCCAUUAAUAUUUCGGCGGCUGUUGGGCAAAGCGGCUCAGAGCAGGAUUAUUGGCAGCCUGUCUGCACUAUGCCGACAAGAUACUCCACCCCUGAGACUUGCUCUCACUACCCUUUAUGCUAUUGAUUUUUCUUUUAGCAAGGCAGACAUGAAGCAGGGAAGAAACGGAGGGAGCACGAGCCACUGUGUUUCUGCGGUGCUGUGUUCAAGAGCAGCCGGGACGGGAGGAAACCGAGUGGGCACGUUGGUCGGGGUGUCUGGUGGUCAGGAGCCAGGGCCGGUGACUUUCUGCCAAAUUUCUUUCUUGCCCUUGUUCGUCCAGCUCCGGUACCCCCUGGCAACGCACAAGGGCUUAAGCAGCGAGAUUUGACUUGUGGUUUUCAGUCUGUUUGAUCCUCAGGGGGAGACCGGACCGGGGCUUGCAGGAGGCGAGGGGGGAGACACACACGGGACAAGUGUUUCGUUGAAAGCCCUGCCGUGCAGAAGGCAUUGGCAGGGACCUCUGGAAAAGGUCCAUCGUGAAGAGGAGAUGCUGCCAGCACCAGGUCUCCCGGCGGUGCUCCCACAGCUCUCCUGCUCCAGGUGAUGCCCCAGUUCACCUUUGCUUGCUUCUGCGGGCUCCAUGGCUUCUGCAAGAUGAAGAGGAAGAAAGAAGAGUCCAGCGCGGAGCAGGAGACAGCAGUGUGAGGAGCAGACUCGUGCGUGUGCCCUGCCGAGCCAUACCUCGGGACUCCGUCCCCUUCCCCUCGAUACUUGCGUGACCAGGGAAGAUCUGAAGCACGGGAAUGACCUUGCCGAGAGGCAGAAGCAGAUGCUGUGGACAUUCUCCAGGUGCUGCAGCAAUUCUGCCUGGACCCCCAGCCUGGCCAGGCGCUGAGCCCUCGGAACCCGAACAGUCAGUGUCGGAGGGACCCUGCGUCCCGGCGGGGUAGAGAUUUCCCUCCUGAGCUAGCUGACCUGCCCUUGCUCCAACAAGUCUCAACGGAUGGACCUGGAGGGGUUUUCAAAAGCUGGGGCCAGACCUUGUCCUUCCUGGAGUCAUAGUGCUGGAGAGGCUGGCCCCUGGCUGAAAUCACCUGGUCAAAGCCAUCCUCCCUCCCUCGCGCAGGCAGGAUUUUCUUCCAGCUGCUCGACGUUCCCGUGGUGACCCGCUGCCCUCCUGCUAGCCAGCGCUGGGGGAUUGCGCAGAGAAAUAUCUCAGGCAGCCUGAUAAAAUCUCCAGUUCAUGGUUGGGCUCGAUCCUCCCAGCCCGUGCCUGCUCGCCUCCCCGUGCAUCUGUCUUCCCAUAGUUCAAAAAACAACCGGUCUUUGCGGCUGCCCCAAAACACCACAUUUUUCAGGAUGUUACUCUGAAGACAAAGUACAGACAGUUUCAGGCAGCUCCAGGUGGGCACCGGGAAGCUCAUUGUUUCGGGAAAAUGCUGAUCUUGUUCUGUUCCUAUUUUUGCACAUCAGCACAGCCUCCCGAAUUCAGGGUUUGCAGCCCCAGUGCUGUCCUUGGCAAGGACCUUUGGAUUUAUCUUUGGGACAAAAAAAAGAAAGUCGGUGAAACACAAAGCACAUUUCUUGAAUGUAACUUUGUUUUUGCACAGUCCCCUGUAAUGCGUGGUGACCACGCAAGUAGUGCACUUGUGGACUUAAACCUCUAGGGGUUAAUCACUGCUCAGGAGUUUAUUACAAGCGUAAAGAUACGGGUCAAAUUCAACCUUUGUUUUAUGCCAGUAUAAAUCCAGAGAGACAGUCCGUAUACUGAGAUGUCUACAAAAAUAUUAAUUAUACAGAAAUGAGCUUGUACUGGACCCCACCAUGCAGGUUUCUCCUAGAUGUGUCUCAGCCCCAUCCCUAUGCAAAAGCACGUAAACAACAAGCACAAACAGGCAAAGACAGGCUUACAGGAGGCACGCACUAAGGAAGCCCUGACUCAACAAAACCCUGCCUAAAUUUAAGUGUUAGCUUUGGGAUUUUGCUCGAUCCAAUAAAUUUGCCUAAUUCCCCCCCAAUAAACCUGUAUCGAUCCCCGCAGAAGUGCGCAACAACCAAGCAGAGGGAAAGGCACAGAACCGUCCUUGCAGCAUCUCCCUAAUGUUGACUAACAAGGAUCAAAGCAUUAAACCUCUCUUUAUUGUCCUUUUCUUUUAUACCACUGUCUGGAUUUCAUCAUGAAGGGACCUACCCAGACAUGUUCCUCAGGAGUCUCCCAGCCCCAGUAGCCAUAGAAACCAGCUAUUUUUAGUCUGUUUUCAUGAUGCCAGUAAAUGACUUUUCUCUACUUUGGAGAGACAGAAGACCAGGUCAGCCUUGCGUGCUGGCGGAUGGUAAAUGAGCAUCCCUGGCAAGGCAGGCGUCCUCUCCCGUGCAGUACUGUACGUUUGAGAAAAUAAAUGUGGCAUUUGUAAAUAAGCGCACAUAUCUACGCACAGAGUAGAUCACUUCCUAUGGUAUUUCCUACGCUAGAGAAAAUAUUUAUAAGAAUUUUUAGAGUAUGGAUUUUAUAGACGUUUGGAGAUCAGGGUUUUUGGUAUAUGACAAGCUUCCUCAUUUUCUGAGCUGGUUCUUCAAAAGACCCCGUAAUACAAAUUACCAGUGUUUGGAAAUGCGAUCAAUGUGGGUAAGAGCACAGUGGUACUUAAACCAUAAAUCAGCCCCACAACAACGCCUUUCAUUCCUGCAAUAUCAGUAAGAUUUGCAGCCAAAGGCUUUUGAAGUCAGAUGGAAAAACACAUUUGUCUGAGUAAUUAUCAGGCUACAUGUUAAUGAGCAAUGCUGGCCGGGUAAUUCAGCACGAGGGAAGGGAGCUGGGGCAGAGCAUCAUUUUCCUGGAGGGUUUUCUUAAAACACCCGUCAUCUCCCGGGAUGUUCCCCCUUCCUGGCAGCCCUGCGGCAGGAUCCGGCCCACGGGGGCAUUUCCCCAGCUGCUCCCUGCCCUCCUCGGGGGUACUUGGCAAACACUGGGGCAGCUCCUGGGGGGGCAGGAGCAUCCCAGCAGUGCCGUGUCCUCGGGGAGCACCGUGGGAAGGGAUCAGUAAACUUCUGCCGAGUGGAGACGAUGGAGACCGUUUCCUUUUAAUGCUUGCCAGGUAUCCUGGAGCUGUAAAUACACCGAGCCCGACGGCUUCUGCUGUAACGUAUCUAGUUUACAAGAUUGUACUAUAAAUUAUAGAUGCAUAUCAUGACUGCAGUUUGCACUGAGACACUCGCCUAUUGAUCUGUCUCCUGCUGGUUAAUAUUCAGGACUGCCACGGCCCUGCUUUUGGAAGCAGCGCGCUGUUGCAGGUCAUUUGUAUGUCUCUCUGUCUGCACUUGGAACAAGCACUUUCCUGGCCCGACUGUACGAGCAUGCAGGGAAGCAGCUACGGAGCUGCUGUAAUAAACCAGUUUUACGAUA